UUAAUGUUCAAUUUUUAUUUCUUAUUUUUUGCUGAUUAUUGCAGGCGAAAAUUCCACAAAAUUCUCUCUCCCAUCUCUCUCAGGAGCAAACAGGUUAUUUCAUGGUUGUUUGAUUUGGGAGAGAAAUUGUGGUUGGUGAAGAAAUAGGCAACGGAAUAAACGAUGGGCAAUUUGAAGCAAGCCCUGAAAAGCCUCGAUGCGUUUCCACGCGCCGAAGAGCAUUUGAUGCUCAAGACAAAAUCCGGCGCCCUCGUUUCUAUCAUUGGACUUGUAAUCAUGGCAACUUUGUUCUUGCACGAGCUGACUUAUUAUAUUUCGACAUACACUGUACAUCAGAUGUCAGUUGAUUUAAAACGUGGAGAAACGCUUCCAAUCCAUAUAAAUAUUACAUUCCCCUCUUUGCCUUGUGAUGUUCUAAGCGUCGAUGCAAUUGAUAUGUCGGGGAAGCAUGAAGUUGAUCUUGACACAAAUAUAUGGAAGCUUCGUUUGAAUAAUGAUGGCCAUAUCAUUGGCACAGAGUAUUUAUCUGACCUUGUUGAGAAGGGAAAUACUGCUCAUGGACAUGAUGACCACAAAGAUCACCAGGAGGAGUCAGAGCAUAAAAUUAAACUCCAUAAUCUUGAUCAAGAAGCUGAAAAUAUGGUCAAGAAGGUGAAGCAGGCAUUGGCUAACGGUGAAGGUUGCCGGGUAUAUGGUGUUCUAGAUGUCCAAAGGGUUGCCGGGAACUUUCAUAUCUCAGUCCAUGGAUUGAACAUUUUUGUUGCCCAAAUGAUUUUUGAGGGCUCUUCUCAUGUCAAUGUAAGUCAUAUAAUUCACGAUUUAUCGUUUGGGCCCAAAUAUCCCGGAAUACAUAACCCACUUGACGAGACAUCCCGGAUUUUGCGUGGAGCAAGUGGAACGUUCAAGUACUACAUAAAGAUUGUUCCAACUGAAUACAAGUACAUCUCGAAGGAAGUUUUACCUACAAAUCAAUUCUCUGUCACCGAGUACUUUUCUCCGAUUCAUGAGUUCGAUAGAAAUUGGCCUGCUGUAUACUUUUUGUAUGAUUUGUCACCAAUUACCGUGACAAUUAGGGAAGAACGUCGUAGUUUCCUCCACUUCAUUACACGUCUCUGUGCAGUACUGGGUGGUACAUUUGCAUUAACAGGAAUGCUAGAUAGAUGGAUGUACAGGUUCAUCGAAUCAUUCACAAAACCAAAUGCUAGAAGUACCGUACGGUGAUUUGGGGUUCAAAACUUUAUGUGCACGAGGAAUUUCGUAAUGCAAACAGUAUACAGUUCUGAUGAAAUGAGCACACAAGUCAAUAGCUAUGAAGAAACUACUAAAUUAACAAACACCCCCACCCCCCUCUCGUCCCUUGUCCUCGGUUUUAUCUAAUUUUUGAUAUUGUUGUAUUUAUUAUAUUGGGGAUUUUUUUAGUUUGAUGUUUUAGUGUGCGAUUGUAAUUUAUAUAUCAUUCUUGUAAAAGUGACUUUCGUGUUUUUAGUAACAACCUGUAUGGACUUGCCAUAAAACAAAAAUUUGUGCAAAAAAAUUUCUUACAAAAA